UCCCACAUAGUUGGGGAGUGUGAGUUGUACAGGAAGGAAAGAUAGGAUCUCGAGGAGGAAAUGAGACAGAGAGGGUGUGACAUGGACAAGUUUGGUAAAUUAGACAACAGCGAAAAAACGAUCGCGAUAAUUGGGGAUAGAUGGUGGGCACAAGAGGCCCUAGAGGACGGGGAUAAGAUGUGCAAGAAAUUUUUAUGGAGUUUGUGGCAGAAACGUAAAGAGCUCCCAAAUGUUGGUGGUGUCUCUAGUAGGUGUAGGAACGGUGCUCCGUCUCGAAAGGGGCGCGUGGUCAAUGGUCAAAUGACUAAGGCAAGCAACAAAUGAGUACGACCCCCCCCCCCCCCCCCCACCACUUUUGCGAAGUCCCCCUGGGAACCCCGAAGGUCUCAGGAAAAUGUUCUUCACGGGCACACCCCGUGGAUCGUCAUCCUGGUGCGCAAGAUGGACGAGUGGAAGGCUGCCCACGGGGGCUCGCUGCCAAGCUUUUCCAGAAAGAAAGGAGUUCCAACAGAGCCUGAAAGCAGCAUCGCGGGACUACCAGAAGGAGCUCAACUACCAGGAGGCGUUCAAGGAGUCGUACGUAGCAUACGCACCGCCUGGCCUCCCCGGAGAGGUUGAAACCCUUCUGGCCUCAGCGGAGGUGCCGGACAUGACGUCGGACACAGACAGCUUCAUCACCCUCCAGGGAUUGUACAAGGCCAAGGCGGCGAAGGACACGGCGGCGGUGGCGGCGUUGCUGGACGAGGGGCUUGCCCGUGCCGGCAGGCCAAGGGGCAGCGUGCCGAGAGAAGAGACGGAGGCCUUCUGCAAGAACGCUAGGAAACUCUUGACGAUGACAACCCGGUCCAUCGAAGAAGAGUAUGGAAACAACACCUGCAACAAGGACGAGAUAUCGUGCGAGUUGGGAGAUCCGUACGAGGUGCCAGAGCAGACGCCGAUCGUCUGGUACCUUGCCUUGCGGGCGGCGGACUCCUUCAAGACCAAGAACGGACGCUACCCAGGGGAAGAGGACGACCAGGUGGACGGGGACGCAGCGGCGCUGUGGAAGAUCACGAAAGAGCUCUUGGGGGGGAUGGGCGUAGAGACGGAGCACUUGAGCGAGAAGCACGCCCAGGAAAUCGCGCGAUACGGCGCCUCGGAGCUUCACAACGUGGCCUCGGUUGUGGGCGGGAUCGGCAGCCAAGAGGCGGUCAAGGCCAUCACUCGCCAGUACACCCCUCUGGACAACACGCUCGUGUACAACGGCCUGGCUGGCGUUAUUGGCCGGUACGAGCUCUGA